AUGGCACCCUGGGCCGCCUAUGUAGCUGCGCCAACAGCUGCCUGGUACAGCUUUGGGUGGUGGAGUGACGAAUGGAAGAAGAUCCUGACAUUGGGGAUCUAUGAGCCUCCAGCCAUCCACUGGGACUACGUCAUGACGGCAGCAGCCUCAACUAAAGUCGCCUUGUUCUCCUCUGCGGAGGGAGCCCUCCUCAAAGGACUUCAGUGUGAGGAAGCAGAUUGCGUAGCACUGUGCAGAGAACGACUGCCAGAGUUGGACACCACCAUGAGGUCAAAGCGCAGAGACAUGGGCGAGAUGUCCACCGAGAUCGUCCACAAGACUGCGUAUUGGGGAUCCAUUCGAGUGGGCACGCCAGCGCAGGAGUUCAAGGUGAUCUUCGACACAGGCAGUGGGAACCUGAUCCUUCCCACCACGAGAUGUACUUCAGAGGGGUGCACCCGCCACAAGAAGUAUGAUGCCCGCCAAUCCUCCACCUCGAAGGAGGUGACGAACGAGAAUGGUGAGGGAUCAACAGAGAUCACGUUUGGCACGGGGUCGAUCACAGGUGACUUCUACGAGGAUCGCUUUUGCAUAGCAGAGUCUCUGUGCUCGCAGGUGCGUUUCAUUGGGUCGGUGGAGCAGAGUGCAAUCCCCUUCUCUUCGACUCCUUUCGACGGCAUUCUGGGCCUCGGCUUCAAGGAUUUGUCCAUGGGCCAAAACUUCAACAUCUUGGAUGACAUGUACGAGACUGGCUCAUUACCUUCCGGCCAGUUCUCAGUCUUCCUGACGGAGGAUGGCUCCAGCGAGAUCACCUUCGGCGGCUACAGGCCAGAGUUGCUGGCCUCAGAGGUGGUUUGGGCGCCGGUGACACAUGAGUCCUACUGGCAGGUGGCCGUUCGGGACAUUACCUUCGACAACACCGAGACAGGUCUCUGUGGUUCUCAAGGAUGCCAGGUAGCAGUGGACACCGGCACAUCAAUGUUGGCCGGUCCUCCGGCUCUCGUCGCCCGUCUGCAGGAGAAAGUGGCGGCCAGAGAGGACUGCUCGAACUACGACAGUCUGCCCAACAUUGGCUUCAAAGUUGGCAACAAGAUCCUCAACCUCAAGCCGGAAGACUACAUGGACCGGGACGAGACAGGCUGCAGCUUCUCACUGAUGCCCCUAGAUGUCCCGCCUCCUCGAGGGCCGCUGUUCAUCUUCGGCGACCCAUUCCUCCGCCGAUUCGUCACGAUUUACGACAAAUCUGGACCGUCCGUGGGCUUUGCCGUCUCCAAGCAUGAAGCCAUGGAUGAGUUCCAGGCCGCCAAGUUGAUCGUCACAACCGGAGGCUCUUCAGUCGAGGACUGGCACCCUCACCAAAAACAGGAGCUGUCUCCGCUCGCCUCGCCAAUGUCUGUUGGGCUUGCUGCCGGGUAUAUGACAGAUGAACAGCCAGCUUCUGAGCCAGUGGAGACACCUGCACCGCCGGCAUCGUCAGCCUUUGCUGGAAAAGAUCCUUUCUCUGAGAAGGAGACCGACUCAUCAAGGGAUCCUUUCUCUGCGAAGGAUCCUUUUUCAGAGUCUUCUACCGAGUGGCUUGAGAAGUUCACGCAUGAGCAUUCCGUGAAGCCAGUUGGAGAGAGUCGGCCGCUUACUUCUGCUGCUGCAGAUGUAUUUGGAAAUGACUCUCAGCGGUCCAAGGACCUCUUCGAUUGGCCAGAUUGGCACAAUCCCCACACAGUUCAGGCCGCGGAGUCCUCCAAGGAUCACCAUGCGGCUGAAUCUGCUCACGAGUGGGCAAGGAAGAUGCGACGUCUUCUGGAUGGAGACUUUCUGCAGAAGCCCAACCAGCCGGGUUCUGCUAAGGGUCCUGCAAAAGGUGCUCAGCUGCUGUCCAUCAAGCUGCACAAAACGAAGGUUGGAACGAGAUGA